UUAUUAAUAUAAGGGUGAAACUGAAACAUAGUAAAGGAAAGCCGUUUAGCCGUUUACUGGGUUUGGCAAUUUGGGGAUGGCCAUGAAAGCUGAUGAAGAUGAUGUUGCGGCGGGCGUGAAGGAGGAAGACGAUUCAGAAGAAUCUUUAGCAGCAUCAGAAAUUAAACCAGAAGAAGAAGAAGAAGAAGAAAAGGCAGUGUUAGUGAAGGAAGAAGCAGGAGAAUCGUUGGAUGAAUCGCAAAAGCAAAAGUCUGAAUUUAUGAAAUCGGUGGUUGAACUGGACGGCCUGUCCAUUGCUAUUCAUUCAUUCACGCGGAGGUUGGAUGAAUUGCAAAAGCAUCUGGAAUUCAUCGAAAACACCAUUGAGUCUAGGUCGAAACAAUUGCUUCUCAUCGAAAACACCAAUCCGGUGGUGGUCGAAACAAUUACGGAAGAAGAAGAAAAAGAAGCAGCACAAGGGGGAGAGGGAGAGGGAGAGGAAGAGGUUCCUUCUUCUCGGGGUACCAAAUCUGAAGUUGAAUACCUAUGUGAGAUGAUGUGCAGCCGCAGCCUUCGUAAAUAUAUAGUUUCAAAUAUGUCGGACGAAGCCAAACUCCGCGAAGAAGUCCCUGCAGCUCUCAAGUUUGCCCCUAAACCAGCGAAACUUGUAUUGGACUGCAUUGGACGCUUUUACCUUCAGGGAAGCAAAGCCUACACUAAGAACUCUCCCAUGAUUCCAGCUAGACAAGCUUCCCUUCUCAUUUUAGAAUUUUUCCUCCUCUCUGAUUGUGAAUCACUCAAUGAAAAGGAAAAGGAUGAAGCCCACUCCGCCGCUCUCGCCUGGAGAAAAAGGCUUGUCACUGAGGGCGGUCUCUCCCGGGCCACUCCCAUUGAUGCCACGGGUUUGCUUCUCUUUAUUGCUUCUUUUGGUAUCCCUUCUCGCUUUUCUAAUCAAGAUCUCCGGGAUCUAAUCCUCUUGACUACCCAAAAUAUCUCCACUGCUCUUCGCCGCUCUCCCCUUCUUCUUGCCAGAAUUCCAGAUAUUAUAGAGGAAAUGAUGAAAAAUGGCAGGAGUGUUGAAGCUGUUGAUAUUGCUUAUACUUUUGGGGUUGAGGAAAAAUUUCAUCCUCAGACAAUUUUGACAUCAUUUUUACGCAAGUCUAAAGAAGCAUGGAAGAGGACAAGAGCAGUAGCACAUGGUUCUAUGGUACUGAAAGAAGCGAAUGAAAAACAAUUAGCUGCUCUGAAAUCUGUGAUAAGGUGUUUGGAAGAUCACAAGAUUGAUCCCACAAAGCUUCUUCCUGGAUGGAGAAUUAAAGAAAAUAUAAUCAACUUGGAAAAAGAAAUUUCUGAUCUUGACAAUAAAAUUGAAGAUAAGGUAAUGUGGAAAAGAAAAGCAGAUGAAAUUCAGUCCUCAAAUCAAAUGAAGAGUCAAGGAAUGAAGCGGUUGUUUUUUACUGCCAGAGCACCACCCCUGAUGUCUCCUCCAGUUGGUGGCAUGCAAGAACAAAGAGUUAUUACACAAGUGGAAAGCAAGAGCUCAUAUGAUGGGUUGAUGCCAGUAAACUUACUAGAUGGUGAACAAUCUGGUCAUGUCAGUAAUUAUCCUACUGCUUCAUUUAUACCACAUGGAUCUGGUGCAGGGUUCUUGCCUAAAAAUGUUCUUGGUGCAACGGUAAUUGGUCCAGCAUAUGGAUGGCAUGGUCAUGGAAUUGGAGAUGCAACAUUUCGAGAGAGAUCAAUUGGGCAGGGCUUUGUUGGGCAACCUGCAUCUUUAGAAGGUUUUCCUGGUCUGCCAAAUUCCCCAAGAUCUGUGGACGUGACUGAUAGGAGUACAACCUCGGAUCUUUAUCGGUUUGCUGAUACUGUAUUGGAAGGUGAGGCAGGUCAGGGCAGCGGCUCUCAUAAGGUUGGCCCUUUAUCUGCUGUUUUGCCUGCGCAUAAUUCGUAUUACCUGUAUUAAAUAAUACACAGUGCAUAUGUAUAAUUAUCUUUUCUAGAGGAGUUGGUGGAAGGGUUGGAUACCAUUAUAUCAGGGGAAGUUGCUUUGCAUUUUUUAAAAUCUAAAUCACAAUGGUUUUAGAGGUUUUUACAA